AUGUCUCCCACAUCUCCCAGACCUAGACUCAAGAGGAAACCCGCCGCUCUGGAUCUAUGUCAGAAGUCACAUCAUGAUCUCGGUUUUCAGUUGCAGUCCCCUGUAUCGUCGGCUCCGUCGAGUCCUCCGCCACUUUCUUUCAGUAAGUCGGUGAUUAGUCUGCCUGGUGGUGACCUACCCACACCAAUAUCUCCGAUUUCAAUAGUAAAGCCGUUCUCUCGGCAUGUUUCAUCAAGCCACUCAUUUGGAGCACGUCGAAUGGACCCAUUUUCUGCUCGACUGAAGAAACCAACCCAAGAUUUGGCAAGUCACAGUAGAACCUCCUCGGGUUCAACAUUACCCUCUACUAGUGCCCCGGCAUUCAAAGUCAAGCACAAUGGUGCGGAGUUCGAAAUUCUGAAUCCAAAAAGUCAUUCUUCAUUUCAGUUCAGCGACAACUCUACGUACCGACUAUCCUCCCUUCUCAAAGACAUGAUGGAAGAGGGCAGCCCUGACGUAUCGCCCACUCAUUCGUUCAUAAGUUACGCCAUACCAGACGACAUGAUUCGACCCCUCUCAGCGUCUGAAAGUGCGAUUCUCUCCGAGUACACUUCACCAGCACUGUCGCCAGGAUUGUCACAGUCUAGUUAUUCUUUUGGUGCCUUGCCUCCCUUGAGAGACGUACCUUCGAGUCCAGUGUCGCCUCGAUCGCCCAGGACACCAGCAAGUACAUUGAAACAGAAGGUGUCUCGUUUAUUUGGUAGCUCUGAUAAACAUUCCUCGCCCAGACAAGAAAUCGACUUGCACGAAAAAUACGAUCAUGAUGAUUAUCACAACGAAAGAAACACCCCACGCUCACCCUUGUCUAAUCACUGGGAGACAGGGGAAUCAGUGAAACCGGUCCAUCAACCGGAGAUAACAGCCAAAACAACCAGCUCUGAGGAAAAUCAAGACUCAUCCCACCACGAGGAGCUCUCUUCCCGCCGUCGACCAACAUGGGGGCCUCACUCAUCCAACCGCCACCAUACCCUGCAGGAUGCACUCCGCCAACUCGAACCCGACAACAACGGCCUCGGCUUUGAAGAUAUCAUGCGCUACAUCGAUGCCGAAAAUGGUGAUGGUAUUGAAACCGUUGAAGUCAGUGAUGGACCACUGGACGAAAAAGUCGAGCGACCCUGGCAACCAGAUACAUGGAAUGAACCAACUCUUGUGCGUAUGCCACACAAUCGUCCGUCAGAUAGCAAUCUUUCGACGAACGCGCCUAGUACGCGUGCAUCUAUUCGUCCGUAUGUCGAGCGGGCUGCGGCGUUUAUGGCGGGUGGUGGUGAUGCAUUCAGCGAGUCGUCGUUAUCUGAUCUAGAUGAAGGAAAGCAUGAGACGUUGAACGUGAAAGUAGGUCGUGAAAAGGAGAAUGAAGAGGACAUCAAAACAGAAGACGAUGGCGAGCCAACAGUCCCCCUCCGCCGCAGUAUCUCUCGCCGCGCUCGCCCACUCUCCUCCAACCCUCCCGAUCUCGACACACCACUCCUUUUCGACUCUUCCUCAUCCUCGUUGUCCUUAGCCUCCGACACCCGCGCCACUCCAACCCCUCCCCAUCCCACAUAUACACUUCAACCCAUGACAAGGAUAAGCUGGAGUCCCGAAAUCCCAGCCCGUCAUCCCGAUCAUCGCAUCGUCCGGUUCGGGGACGAUCUUGCUACUACUCCUGCUAUCAAUCAUAGAGCCGACAUGGCGCCACCUCCUCUGGCCCCGACGACAGCGACGCAAUCGGCAGCGCCGAGAGUUGUGACAACUACUACUAUUGCGCCGGGGAAAAAGGUUAAGAAGCACUCGUCGGGGUGUCAUUGUCUCUGA